GAGGGGGGAGGGGGAGGGAAUAAUCUUCGGGACGGGUGCGGGCCGCACUCACCUGCUGGCUGCCAUGGAGGGUGCGCUGUGUGGUUCGGUGGUCCUCUGGACGGUCAUUGCAGUGACCUCGGCGCAAAACAUAUUCUUCAACACCGGUAGCAGCAGCACAAUCAGCUCAUGCGAUCUUCACGGAAGAUCAGGAACAUGCAAACAGGUCUUCGAGUGUCCUGAGCACAUACCGCACGUGCGCGCGAGGAAUUUGACCGCACUGAAAGCCGCUGUGUCCAAUUGCGGCAAAAAGCUGGUCCCAGGAAAUGCGCGGCCGGUGCCACUUUUGUGCUGCCCAGACUCGGACGGCCCAGCGACUGCAGCGCUGCCUAUCGCCCAGUUUCGGAACCACCCGCUGUGUGGAGACUCCGAGUUUGCACCGGGUCGGGUGGUCGGAGGGGAACCUGUUCGUCAGCUGAAGGACUUUCCCUGGAUGGCGAUCCUGAAGUGGGCUCCGGACGGGGCCAAGCCGCUGUAUCGGUGCGGAGGAGCGGUUCUGAAUGAGAGAUGGGUGCUGACGGCGGCUCACUGCAUUACCGACAACGGACCGAUAUCGGUACGAGUCCGUGACCUGGACAUUGCGACCAGCAGCGACGACUACUUCCGAGAACCCCCCGUCGAUGUGCGCGUGGAGCGCAUCUUCGCGCACCCCGACUACCGGCGCGAGUACAGGGCGCCCAACCGCGGCCUCUUCAGCGAUAUCGCGCUCAUCAAACUCAGCAGUGAGCUUCAGUUCUCCGAUAUUUCAAAACCGAUCUGCCUACCUCAAAGCAAACGAUCAACCAAAGAGUAUGAGCGCAUACGAAGAUCUUACAUUGCCGGAUGGGGACUCACGGAAUUUGCUGGAGACGCCUCCACGGUGAUGAUGUGGGCGACGGUCAACAUCACCGAUCACAACACCUGCCAGAGUUCCUACGCCCGCACCGGAGCACGGGUGGACGAUAGCGAGCACAUCUGUGCAGCUGGGGAUGACCUGAAACAGGACGGGUGUGUGCCCGGAGCCAAUGACGGCUCGUGCCGCGGCGGUGUGGACGCCUGUGAGGGCGACAGCGGCGGACCACUGAUGGAGCGCCGAGACGAGUUCAACAGACAGCGCUGGUACACCAUCGGCGUGGUGUCCUUCGGCACCGGCUGCGGCAACCCCGUGUUCCCCGGACUCUACACCCGCGUGGACCACUUUCUCGACUGGAUCGCUCAGACGGUCUCCGAAAAUUGAGAAAAAGAUGACCUUCUGAGAGCGAGAGAGCGAGCGAGCGAGAGAGCGAUAUCUCGAUGAGGAGGGGUCCAUAUUCCAAUGUCUAUCCCUAAUCUGAGGUCUUGUGUGAGGACUAGUUGGCGAAAUAUGUCAUAGUAGGAGAAUCUUAUUAGGUUUAGCAAGAUGUCUUAUGUGCGUAGUUUUCGGGUAUUGUCCAAAGCUGCCCAUGGUGCAACGUCGUCCGACUUGCUAGUUUAUUUGAGCGAUAAUUGAGAUGAGAAAUUUAUAUGUAGCCCGUUGCAUGUCAAUAAAGCUGACCUGAUAACCAGGCCAGGCACAAAGGUUUAUCCAGCUGGUCGGUUGGGCAAAAGGUCUGAAGGUUUUAAAAGGGCAUGAAGCACGUUCGCUUUCACUAUAUACAUACACGUAUUUUUAUACCGAAUAGGUAAACCGGCAAGCAUGGCGCUGCCCGUGAAGUGUUGUAACGAUGUGCGAUCUGCUUAUGUCAAAAGGCUGUGCGAAAUAAAUCUGUCAGUUAUCAA